AUGACACAUGCAUUUCUUCAAUCUGAGUUGACCAGUUUGAUAUCGGACUCGAAAAGGAAAUACAACGAUGUCCGCGCGGCUGCCGAACGAGCCCUCGGGGACAUCAAAGCCAUAUCUGUGACGUCUGAGACUCAGCUGGCCGGCGACCUGUGCCGCAAACCUCAAUUCGUUGAUCCUUUUAUUCUGGCCUGUAAAUCCAAGAAUGCCAGACUGGUUACUACUGGGACUGCGUGCCUACACCGGCUGACAGCGAGCAGAGCUGUCCCCCGGACAAGGCUUCCUGACGUGCUUGAUGCUUUCCAAGAUGCGAUAGGGGCAGGAUAUGAGCCGCAGCUCAAAGUUCUGCAAACUCUGCCUUCACUGCUACAACUCUACGUUGACGACAUUCGUGGCGAGAUCCUUGCGCGGAUUCUGGAGCUAUGUGCGGUCCUUCAAUCCAGUAAGACCGCUGUGGUGAGCAACACGGCUGCGGCAACUUUUCAACAGCUAGUCUCCACGGUAUUUGAGAAUGGCGAAAGGAAGGACAGGACGAGGACUUCAGGUGAAAGUGAGACUCCGACCCCAACAGACCGUUAUCAACGAGGCGAAUUCUCCGUCGACGCAGUCGCCCUGUUCGAAGACUUCUGUCUGUUGCUUGAUCAGCAAAAGCCCCGGUUCCUGAGAAUCGAGAACCUGCCCUCUGCCUUUCUGUUGGAAACCCUACACACCAUACUAGCAAGCCAUGAUUCGCUUCUCAGGUCUGAGAAAGAACCCGAGACAAAAUGGUCGGAACGUCUCCUCCAUGGCUUGUCACGUAGCUUGGUCAGGAAGGAUAAUUUCGGCAUCACAGUCCGGGCGCUAUCAAUCCUGCUAUUGAUCUUUCGAACCCAUGGCGAAGGUCUACAGCAUGAAGUGGCAGAGGUCGUCCCUCUUCUCGUCGGCGCACUGGAGAAAGAUGGGAAUCCACCGUGGAGACGGAGUCUCUACUUGGAGUUCUUUCGCAGCCUCUUUUCGGACUUCAAUGUCUUGCGAGAAACCUUUGCCAUCUUCGACAGUGGCGAAGAGCCGGUUAAGCUUGUUGGUCAGGUCAUGUCUGCAUUAGUUCGGAUUGGGGCAGAAGAUCCCUCCCUGAUCGGCCUCGGACGCCAGUCAACUGUCCCCAUCCAGCGGACAAACGACCCCAGGAGCGACGAAGCAGCGUCAAUCGAGGCUCAGGGCCUUGGUGGUGCCAUCACAGCGGUAGCCUCCAACGAUUCAAACACUACUGGUCUCGGCGCCGAAUGGAGUCUGAUAGCUGUUCCUCUCAUGGAGCAACCCGACAAGAGCGUGGCUCCAGCAAUACCUAGCACUUAUAUCUACACUCUGGUGUUAGAUUGUGUCUCCUCAUUUUGUGAUGGUUUGUCCAAGUUCGUCAUGCCCUUGAGCGUUCCGAGUCGAGCUUCUCAACGGGAGAACUCGGAAAUGGGCCGCAGAGAUAGUUCUGCCACAGAUCGAACCGACGAUGAACCUAGCCGCAAGCCAACAAGGCCGUCGUCCUCAUCUCACAAGUACCAGCGGCUAAUAAAUCCAUUGACAUUGGCAAAUCACCGACUAUCAGCUCAGAUUCGAACGUCCGCUGAUAUGAUCGAAGCCUGUUGGCCAGCAGCGCUUGCAACGUGUUCAACCUUUCUCAACUCUGCAAUGGACGCGGAAUUCUAUCACGCCUUGAUCCGAUCGGUGCAGAAGUUAGCCCAAGUCUCGGGUGUUCUCGAGCUGUCCACACCCAGAGACGCCUUGUUGACGACGUUGGCUAAGGCUUCUAGCCCCGCGAAUGCCAGCAGUAUCAUAGCAAGCUAUCAGACUGCGAAGAACAGUCGAUUCGGGGGUGCUGAGCACAGCGAUGUCAGCAACGGAUUGAAGUCCCCAACCGAUCCUCCUCCCACUCCGACAUUUCAAGGCAACAGCUCUCCCUUGAAUGUAAGGCACCUACUCUGCCUUCGGGCGUUGUUGAAUCUGGGGAUUGCACUCGGGCCAACUCUGAAGAGAGACGCUUGGUUUAUUCUGAUCGAAACCAUGCAGACGGUCGAGGCGUUGAUUGCAAUGCCAACAACAAGCGCUGCAACCUCGCAGUCUGGGAGUCCAAGGAUUGGUGCUUCAGGCAAUGACGGACACGCUACUCUUGCGACGGAAAUUGCUGCUGUACAGGCAGCGACGAAGAGAAUGUUGGAGAGCACAAGGAGUUUUGGUGCGGACUCGUUCACCGAGAUCGUGCAAGCCCUACUCCGUCUACUGGGGCAGAAUGUGGAGGUCGUCAACUCAAAGUCUGCGGAGCAGCCCAUCGCCUCGCCUACUACACCCGGAAGACUGGGUGCUCGGCCGGGACACCAGACGUCCCGGAGCGUGUCUGGAUUAUGGACAAAGUCGAAGACGCUUGAACUGGAGGUCGGAUUUGUCCUCAGCAAACUCAGUGACCUGUCCCGUAUCAAUUUAUACAGGUUCGCGUCAUCUACGGAGCAGGCCUGCUCGUGGAUAUUGAUUGGAGAUCGUCUACUGCGCCUGUCUCGGGAUACUAUGAUUGCAGCAAAUUACAGAAUACAGGCAGCCAGCAUUCUAGACUUGAUCUCCAUGGAAACCGUGAAGCUGCUCGACGACUCGCGUUUCGAAGCUGCCGAGGCAGACGCCAUCAGGUUGCAGUGCUUGAGGUCCUUAUUGCAGCAGUUGGACUCGUUCCAGGACACUCAAGGCGGGAAACAUGAUGAGGUUGAGCUGGAGAUCCACAAGCGGCUUCUCGACGCCUUAGAGAGUAUGCUCAGCCAUAGCGGAGAAUCGCUGAGCAAUUGUUGGCCUAUCGCCUUGGAAAUCCUGUCCGUUACAUCUUCGAAAAGAGGAAAGAAUAAACCAGAGCUGGGCAAUGCCACGAUCGAGCAGGCUGAGAAGGACGCGCAGACAGCCCAGAUCUUGCGCGUUGCUUUCAGGUCUAUACAGCUGAUUGCAUCUGAUUUCCUCGAUGUGCUUGAUUCGACAACGCUGGCGAACCUUGCCCACCUACUCCGUCAAUUUGGCUCUCAGCAAUAUGACCUGAAUGUGGCACUUACCAGUACAACCGUGCUGUGGAGUCUCGCGUCGCAUGUCUUGACUAAAAUCGACCGCAUAGACGUCGAAACCAUGCCAAAUCUGAAUGAUGAAGAUGAGGAACUUCUAUCUCAGACUGUCCUCCGCUCGGGCGGCAUCUGGAGCAACAUCCUGCUUGAGCUGGUGGGAUUGUGCAAAGACGAGCGUGCAGACGUACGCAAUGCAGCGAUCAGGGUGCUGUUGAAAAUGCUUGAUGCUUCGAGCGAACAUCUCAGCUCAAGCACGUGGGCUAUCAGCCUGAGACUCGGGCCGUUCGAAACAAUUCGGUAUUGCAUCCGGCAAUAUGCUGCUAACAAGACAGAUCAGGAGCCAUGGAUGGCGUCAGCGGCCCAAUUGACAGACGGAUGCACUCAGCUUCUUUGUCACAAUCUCAACGUCAUCGCUCAACAUGAUGGCUUCAAGGAUACGUGGCUGCGUAUCAUGGACGUUUUGAAAAGCAUACUAAAUACCAACUCUGUUUCCGCAUCUUCCCUGGCCUUUUCAAAUCUAUCAAAGCUUCUUUCAGCGUUAGCAGACCUUCCAAAUUCCAGCGAAGAGCUAGUCCAGCCUGCUGUGCAGCUAUGGGCAACCUAUCAGCCCGGCGACAUACGCCAUGAAUACCCAUCGGAUGGUCGACCGGGUGACGAGCCAUCGAAUCAGCAAGCUUUUAGUUCGCAUGCACACGUUCUUGUUGAAGCCUACAAAACCAGCUCAGUGGCGAUCUCAAAGUUUCUGCAGGGACAAACUUCGACCUUGAUGGACUCGAUUGAGCGAGGAGUCAUGCUGUGCACGCAUCCCCCGUACACGAGCGACGUGAAGACACUGGCCCCCGAGCAAAAGGAAGCCUCUGAUUGUCUGGCAAUCUUGAAGAUUCUGCUGCAGGACGACGUGUCGAAGUAUGCGGAAUUCUUGCUAAGGCUGGUUACAUUGACACUGAACAUUCGGAACGGGAAAGUCGUUGUUCAGCAAAAGAAAUCGGCUCUGUCCAAGUCGAUACAACAACCAUCGUUCAUUGCCUUCACAGCUGCAUGCCUGGACAAGUUUCGAGAUCUUAUACUGGAAUGUGCCGACGAUGACAACUUCAUCCAAACCGUGGCUGUGCAAAAUGCAUGUCCUGUUCUUUCCGCCGUGGUUAGCACAAAGUACACGAGAAUGCCAACGAACAACGAGAUGCCCCUGUGGCGAAAGGCGACCGUCAUCGCAGCCGUUAUGCUUGAAGCAUUGCAGAAGCACGUCAGGCGCGGUUCGUCAAAGGAUUUAUCCCAGCUGGAGAGCUUGGCGGCCCCAAUCAUCUCCAUAGCCGUGAGUAUCCUUCAACCUGGCGAUCUGUCCAACCCCCCGGGCCCCGAGCACAAAGAAGCCACAAUCCUCGAAGACGAGACCUUCGACAUUGAACACUUCGAACUGUUGCACAAGGCCAUCGUGCCCAUCUUCCAAAAUGUCGAGGCCAUCAAAGGAGACGCCUGCAAGCAAUACGCCAUCGCGCUAUUCAAGGUAUCCCUGCUCACCAAACCCUGGUUCUACGACCUGCCCGACGACGUGGCCAGUGAACCCCUGAAAGAUCUGAUGCGCGUGCGCCCCGGCAGCGUCCACCGACCUGUAUUUGCCGUGCGGAGACAAAUCUGCCACGCCGCAUUAAGAGCCUUAUUCGACCUUGUCGAGCGACCACAGCACGCGACGGCCGGUGAAGACGAAAGGGAAAAAACACCCACGCCUCAUCCAGGCCCAAUGUCCCAACACAAGCUCGCAUCCGCCGCUGCGCCUUACCUGAUCUUGCGCGUGGUCCAUCCUCUCAAGACCUUCCUUGCAGACCAGCGGCUACGGAGCCUCACGCCACCACCAAUGGCCCAACAGGUCGAACUACAAGUCAUUCUGUCCAAGUUUGUCGAUCUGCGGAGCAAUGGACACGCGAUGGCGGACAUGAUGAUGUUGUCUUCUUCACCUCGGGCGCCGCAAACCGAGACCAGAACCCAAGGUGAUCUAGAUGUUACUCGAGGGAAUCAUCCAAGCCCGUCAGACGACAACGACGACGACGACGACGGCAAAGAACACCUCCGCGUCCUCUACGGCUUGAUGCUCCGCGUGCACACAUUCUGGCAGGGACUGCCGAGGUUGAAGGGCCCAGGGGCGCGGGCGUGGCAGGACGACGAGCCCGGCAGAGGCAUCCAGGACGCUCUGGAGCGGUGGCAGAGGGUGGUUGCCGAGGGAUGGGGCUUUGCUUUUGCUGGCUUGGAAUAG